GUCGCUCCUUCUUCUCCUUAAACAAAAAAAUCCCCAAAUUUCGAAUCCGAAUUGUACUGCGAAGCAAUGGGUCAGGGCACACCAGGCGGCGGCCUCAACCGGCAACUCCCCGGCGACCGCAAAAAUGAGGGUGACAAGAAGGACAAGAAGUUCGAACCGGCGGCGCCUCCGGCUCGCGUCGGUCGGAAACAGCGGAAACAGAAGGGCCCCGACGCGGCGGCUCGGAUACCCACCGUCACGCCGCUGACCAAGUGCAAGCUUCGGCUUUUGAAACUGGAACGAAUCAAGGACUACCUGCUUAUGGAAGAGGAGUUCGUGACGAAUCAAGAGAGAUUGAAGCCGCAGGAGGAGAAAACAGAGGAGGAUAGAUCCAAGGUCGAUGACCUGCGAGGCUCGCCUAUGAGCGUUGGGAAUUUGGAGGAGCUGAUCGAUGAGAAUCACGCUAUUGUUUCUUCGUCGGUUGGACCGGAGUAUUAUGUAGGGAUCCUGUCGUUUGUCGAUAAGGAUCAGCUAGAGCCUGGAUGCGCUAUUCUUAUGCAUAAUAAGGUCCUUUCUGUUGUUGGCCUGCUUCAGGAUGAAGUCGACCCUAUGGUCUCUGUCAUGAAAGUUGAGAAAGCUCCAUUGGAAUCUUAUGCUGAUAUUGGGGGUCUUGAUGCCCAGAUCCAGGAAAUUAAAGAGGCAGUUGAGCUUCCAUUAACUCACCCUGAACUGUACGAGGACAUUGGUAUUAAACCUCCUAAGGGUGUCAUACUCUACGGAGAGCCCGGAACUGGGAAAACUUUACUUGCAAAGGCUGUUGCAAAUUCUACGUCUGCAACUUUCUUGCGCGUUGUUGGAAGUGAGUUGAUUCAGAAGUACCUUGGAGAUGGUCCGAAAUUGGUGAGGGAGCUUUUCAGAGUUGCUGAUGAUCUCUCACCAUCAAUUGUCUUCAUUGAUGAAAUCGAUGCAGUGGGUACAAAAAGAUACGACGCUCACUCUGGCGGCGAACGUGAAAUUCAGAGGACCAUGUUGGAAUUGCUGAACCAGCUGGAUGGUUUCGACUCAAGAGGAGACGUGAAAGUCAUUCUCGCCACAAAUAAAAUCGAAAGCCUCGAUCCAGCCCUCCUCAGGCCAGGUAGAAUCGACCGCAAAAUUGAAUUCCCUCUCCCGGAUAUCAAGACGAGGAGACGCAUCUUCCAGAUACACACGUCGAGGAUGACUUUAGCUGAUGACGUGAACCUGGAAGAAUUCGUGAUGACUAAAGACGAGUUCUCCGGAGCUGACAUUAAGGCCAUAUGCACUGAAGCCGGAUUGCUUGCUUUGAGAGAGCGCCGCAUGAAGGUUACGCAUGCGGAUUUCAAGAAGGCGAAGGACAAGGUUAUGUUCAAGAAGAAAGAGGGUGUUCCUGAAGGCCUUUACAUGUGAGAUUAAGGUUUGUGUAUUUUUUUUUUUACUUGUUUAUCUCUACUGUUUGAGCUUCUUCGUUCUUACUCUAAAACAUGCAUUUCAGACUAUCAUAUUAUUCUGACUCCCUACGUUUAAGGUUAUCCCUAAUUUGGUUGAUGGAA